UGUUUUGUGACGUCAUCACGUCGGUAUAGCGGUGCUGGUGGCAGUUGGGUUGUUUUUCGGUUUCGUAGGAGAGUUUUUUGUUGUUGUUGUUAGGGUUUAACUGUCGUUUGCCGCAACCAUAGACUUGUUUUCGCGGAGAUGUUUUGUGUAGAAGGAAAGAAAAUGCGUCUUAUUUUCUUCUUCUUUGGGAUGUUACUUUUAGUGAAAGCAGAGGUGGAAGACAAUGAUUGGGUUGACCCCACUGAUAUGCUUCAUUAUGAUGCCACCUCAAAGUCUAUGAAAAGAGCAAAUGACAACACCCACCAUUCUGUGAAAUAUCUACAGUGUACUGAUCACUGCUCAUCAGCGACUGUGUCCUGUCCUGAUGCAUCGGAAUGCCCCAGGAAGCUUGCAAGGCUAGAAGCACAGAUUCUCCAACUUAUGGGGCCCAAUUCAAAAAAUGAAAAAGACUGCAACCCUGUUUUCAAAAGGUAUCUGAAUAAGCUAUUAAGGGACAUUCAGAAGAUUGGCUUGCCUGAUCAUGUUGACAAAGAAGUUGUCUAUGAUGCUGAAGUUCACCUAACAAGACAGUCAGUUUCUGAAAUCACAAAAUUUCUGGACAGUGAGAGCUGGAAGCCAGCAGUAAUGGAUGAAGCCCUUAGUCAUAUUCUGGUCAACUUUAAACCCCAUGAUUAUGAAGCUUGGAAAUGGCGUUUUGAAGACACAUUUGGUAUUGAGUUAGAAGCAUUAUUAAAAGUGCUGAUGUGUUCACUAUUGAUUGUUGUGAUAAUUUGCACUGAAGUUUGGUCAAAGGUUUCCUGGAUGGUACAGUUCAAACGGCUGUUUGCAGUAUGCUUUUUCGUCAGUAUUGCCUGGAAUUGGCUGUAUCUGUACAAGAUUGCUUUUGCUGAACAUCAAAAAAAUAUGGUUAAAAUGGAACACAUCCAGGAGAAGUGCACAGGAAUAAAAGAAUUUGAUUGGAAAGACAACCUGAAAGAGUGGUUUAGAAGCACCAUGACUUUAAGGAAUGAUCCUUGCAAAGAAUACUAUGAGCAUCUGGUGGUGGAUCCGAUCUUGAUUGUUCCUCCAACUAAGGCAAUUGCUGUGACCUUCACUACUUUUGUAACAGAGCCUCUGAAACAUGUAGGUCAAGGUAUCAGCGAAUUCCUGCGAGCGCUUCUCAAAGAUCUCCCUAUAACACUGCAGAUUCCAGUGGUUAUCAUCAUAGCUGUUACAGUUGUUAUUUUAUGUUAUGGCUGUGUCCAGUCUACCAUUCAACAUUGUGUCUUCAGACGGCCACUGACCUAUCAAGAUCCACCACCACCACCACCAUCACCACCACCACCACCACCACCACUUGCAUUGCCCACAGGUGGUGCCACACAUGGAGAAACUGGAUUCCAAGAGUUGAACAGAACUGAGCCUAGAGAAAGGAGCACAAUUCAGAACAAUCAAAGUAAUGAACAUUUACGAUACAGAAAUGUACAAAAUCGGGCAAGUUCUGGGAAUUUUGUGGAAGCUGUGGGCCCUACUGAUAGACCAAUUACUCAAACCCCUUAUGAUGAGUGGGAUUCUACAACAGUAUCAAACAAUUCAGAAAAGGAACUACACCAGAAAACGGACAUUGCUGCUUCCACAAAAAUAAAAGAGCAGAAAAUAACAAAUGAUCAGGAGGAGUCCAACCCAAUAGUAAAUACCUCUACAACAGACCGCUCUCUUCUCGAUGAUAAGGAAGACAACCACACAGAAAGUUUACAGAAUAGCCCUAUUGAAAACGUAUCUCCAACCUUAACUGAUGAAGACCAGCUCUCCAGUGCAGCCAUUAUGCUUGUAGUGGGGCUACAUAGUAAAUGUGUUUUCCAAUGAGUGCGGUUUGUUUCCAUCGUCCCAGGCCCGGCCUUAGGCAUAGGCGAAGUAGGCGACCGCCUAGGGCUCCGGAUCGACAGCGGCCAGGCCCCCGGCCCGCCCCUCCCCUCACAAUGCAUUACAAAAGUUUCAAAUAUCCCAAAAAAUAAAAAAGGACUACAAAAAGAAAAAAUACAAAAAAACUAAGCUGGGCUUAGCUACAUACCUCCACGUGGUGCCCAGUGGAAACAGUUCAAACUGGCUAAAUUGUAGUAGCUAACUACACCAGGCGAAAAAGGGACACAGGGUGAUGACCUCGUAACGUUACAAGAAAACGUCUCCUUGGUCUAAUUUUCACGCAUUUCGCAGAGCUUCCAGGGGGGCCUUUCGCCUAGGGCCCCAUAAUACCUAAGACCGGGCCUGAUCGUCCCGUUUGUUGCUUAUGUGUGCGUCAGUGAAUGUCGUCCCCGUAAAUUCAGGGGCGAUGGAUGAUGGAAAGAGACCGCAGCCCCUUAAUAAUGGAAGGCACGUGUGUAUAAUAAUCAUUUACAACCGGCUCAUGACUAUAUAAACAAUCAGGAGGGAACAGACAAGGAGGACAAUGCAUCAACUUACCUGCUGUUUACCACAUCGUACUUUUGCAACCAGUUUGCUUUUCAUUCCGCUGGACUGACUUCAAUUCCCCCGGGGUCGGAUUACAUCAUCCACCACAAGCCGAGGAUUCACGGUGAGGUUGCUCCAUGUUGUGAUGUGAGAAUUUACAUAUAACUUGAUGAAUAUUUUGUACUGUAUAUCUUUAUUUGUAAUUUAGACAAAACAAUGUAAUUUAGUGUUUACCCCCCCCCCCCUUAGGAAUGGGUCUGUUAGAAUUUUACGACAGGAUUUGGGGGAUGUGUCUUAAACCAGUUUGCCGAGUGUUUCUUUGCUAAAGUCAUUUCUACCCCCGCAAAUGGGCUAAGGUGUACUUUACAUAUGGUUUGGGGGCAGGUGUUAAGAUGUUCUAUUCCCCCAUUGGUCUGAGGUAUGGCUGUUUGGAAUUGGCUUGUCUCAGAGGCCUUUAAGUACCAUGAUGUCCUAUUGGCUCUCAGGGUUGGGCAGAACAUCUAUAAAUGUAUGCGUUUAACCUCACACUCUCUCUCUUACUAACCAACAUCUGAAAGAAGCAUCUCUCUUGCUAUCCUGUGAUGAAGAGCACAGCUCAGCAGCCAUUUUGAACAGACAUGUGGCUGAAAGCUGAGCAACAAUGGCGCCUUAACUAGAGACAUUUAAGUAACUAGAAGACUGUGUGCCACCUGGUCUACAUAUCAUUUAAUCAGGUUAUAUGGUUGCCAAUAUUCAAAUGUACUUUGCAUUUUGUUAUUAUUUAUGAAUAUUAUCAAUAAUACAUUGUUUAAACUGUAA